AUGACGAAGCACUUGGAGAUCAUCAAUUUGUCAUUUUUGUUGGAACAUGAAAGGGAAACAAUAUUGGGAGUAUUGAAGAGAGAUGAGUAUCUGAAAAAAGUUGAAGAUAAAAGGAUAAGGAAAUUGAAAAAUGAGCUUCUGGAAGUAAGAAGGAAAGGUGGAAACCGUCACUGUCAGCAGGACAACAGCAGGGUCUGCAUUCGCUGUCAGAAAAGCCUGGGCUUAAUCUUUGACAGAGGAGACCUGUGCCAAACCUGCAAGCUUCGAGUCUGCAAUAAGUGUCGUGUCAUGGGAACGGAUGGGCAGUGGAAGUGCUCAGUCUGUGCCAAGAUUGCACAGCUACGGAUAGUGACAGGAGAAUGGUUUUUUGAAGAGAGAGCAAAGCGCUUCAAACAAUCAAAUCUUCUUGGAACCGAUGUUGUCAGACAGUCUAUCCUACGGAAAUUCCCAGAUACGGUUUCCAGUAAGGAUGAUGGAAGAACAUUUAAAGAUCGACCCCAAGAGAAUGAAGAAAAAAGACCAGAUGUAUCAGUCUCCUCCACAACUGGGCACAAAUCAGUCUUCAGUGGAACUAGAAAGAUAGGGAAAGUAAUUAGGGCAGUUACCAAAGGAGAAAUGACAAAUGCAAAAGAUGAAGGUGAAAGGAAUGCAGGCUCAGAAGCUGAAACCCAAAGUCUGCGCAGUGGCAAGUCAACACCUUGUUCUGAGAGAGGGAGCACUCUUUCACUGAACAGCAGCGAUGCAGAAGCUGCUACAGGAUAUCUGAAAGGGACCGUGAGUCCUGCAAACAGAAGCAAUGUUUCCACACCUUCCUUCCCGAGGUCUCCAGCGCUCAGCACGCGCAGCAUGACUGCAGGUUGUAGCAGGGAAACUGGUUUAGAAAAUGGCAUGAUUAUUCCAGUAAGUGAAAGUGUACCUGAAGAUUUAGUAAAGAAGCACUGUAGGAAAGCAUCAGGAACACCUUCCAUUGCUGUUUCUAGGGUAUCUUUGUCAUCAGAUCGUAGUCGAUCUGAGAUAGAUUUGAGUGAAUCUUUCUCUGAAGGAAACGAGGACACUCUGAGCAUAAGAAGCAAAUCUGUACCUAGUGCCUUAGAUCAGGAACUGGAUUAUCUGGAUGAAACAGAAGAAGAUAUUGAUGACAUAGUGGCCUCUCGUUAUUCAAGGAAACAUGGACAUUUGAGAAGUGGAUUAUCAACAAACUCACCAGAAGGCUCUGACAGAAAAUGGACGUAUUUAAAUGUGCCUGAAACAGAUGGUGAUACUACUAGCAUUAACAGCAUGCUGAGUGUAUAUAGUGAGACUGGUGACUAUGGCAACGUGAAGGUCAGUGGUGAAAUCCUUCUCAACAUCAACUACAGCUACAAAACAGGUGCCCUCAACAUCCUGGUGAAAAGUUGCAGAAACCUGGCCGUUGCGGAUGAGAAGAAGCAAAGGACUGAUCCAUAUGUUAAAGCAUACCUUCUGCCUGAUAAGUCCCGCCAAAGUAAACGCAAGACCAAAAUUAAAAGUAACAGCACCAAUCCAGAAUUUAAUGAAAUGCUGAAGUAUGUCAUCAGUCACACACAGCUGGAAACCAGGACCCUGCAGCUUUCUGUCUGGCACUAUGACAGAUUUGGACGCAACAGCUUCCUUGGGGAGGUGGAAAUUCCAUUUGAUUCCUGGAACUUUGAAAAUCAGAACGAUGAGUGGUUUGUGCUCCAGCCCAAGGUGGAGGUUGUGACAGAUGUUGGGCUUCAAUAUAAAGGAGAACUGACAGUUGUUUUACGUUAUAUUCCCCCAGACAGAAACCUAAUGCUUCCUCUAGGGCAGUUUCAAGGAAAGAAGAGCUUUAAAAAAGGGAAAAAGGGAGACUCUCACAUGCCAUCUGGAGGUAUAUUAGAAGUCCUCAUCAAAGAAGCAAAGAAUUUAACAGCAGUGAAAUCAGGAGGCACAUCUGACACUUUCGUGAAAGG